AGUAGUAGUAGUAGUAGUAUAAAGAUGGUACUAAUUUGUAAGUGAAAUUUGAAUAUGUUUCUGUUUUUGUUUUUGUAGGAAGAGAUGCCAAGCCCAUUAAAUGAUCAAAUUCUGAAUUUUUGUGAAUCUGAACUUUUUUCAGAAAUACAAAAUUCAGAUGUUGCUUCUAGCUCAAAUAAUUGUUGCUAUGAUGAACAAUCUUCUUAUAGUACUACUACUACCACCAAUUUUGAUCUAAACAAAUUCCAAAACAAUGGCGAAAAGAAUGAUGAAACUAUCACAAAAACAGCCACCAGCACGACAGAUGUUAGCCCUGAUAACGUCGAUUACAACAACAAUAUGUCGAUUAUAUUUGAUACACAGGAUGAAAUUGAUAACGACAUUUCUGCAUCAAUAGACAUCACACCAUCCGCGAAUUUCACAGUUCCUGAUCAUUUCCUACAACAACAAGAGGAACAAUUCGACGUAAAUCCUCUUAACAAUCAUCAUGGCUCUGUUAUUCCCCUGUCUCAUCAGUAUCACUCUCUUAUGGGGCCUCCAUUAGGACAUGUAUAUGAAGAUGAAUCGUUGUCUUCUAUCCCUCCUUAUAUGCAAGGGCUCGCGAGUACUUCUUCUACUUCUCCUUGUCAUGCACUUAUUGAUCGUAACAUGAUUAAUUACCUUAAGGGAAAUCUUAACAACACAAUGAAUUCAGAAGCUUCAGCAAUAUUUGCUGCAGCUGCUCAUAGUGCCUUGUUCUUUGGAUCUCAAUUAUUGCCAAAUCAAGAAUUGGAUUUUCAAGGAGAGAAUGGUAGAAUUUUUCGCCCUGAUUCCUUGUCAAGGAUCUACAACAAUGAGCUUCAGGCACUGAGCAAUGAGAGUCAGCAUUUGGUUAGUGGUGCUGGUUGUUCUAACACUUUGGCCACAGAAAUCACAAGCUUUGAAGAUCCUACCUUUAAAUCUGGUAGGUGUUCAGUUGAGGCAAGGAGGGAGAAAAUUCAUAGAUACAUGAAGAAAAGAAAUGAGAGGAAUUUCAGCAAAAAAAUCAAGUAUGCAUGCAGAAAAACACUAGCAGAUAGUAGGCCAAGAGUGAGGGGAAGAUUUGCAAGAAAUGAUGAAUUUGGUGAGGCAAGCAAAGCAAAUUCUUGUGGAACUAUUGAAAAGGACACAAUUAGUCAUGAAGAUGUAAGGCUCAAUAAUAUUAUGUAUCAUCCAAAUAUGGUUACAUCUUCAACUCAUCAUGACAACAAUGCCAGAAUUUUCACCUCCAAUUGUCAUGUACCAACUACUGGUCCCUAUGAUAUGUGCACACCUCUCUAUUGUAUAGAUGGUCAAAUGCACUAAGCUAAGAGUUUUCAUAAAAAGCUCUCCAAUGUGCUCCUAUAGGUUCUCUCCUCUACAUAUAACAAGGUACUCU